AUGUCUACCAUAUCCGACGCGAUAACCAAAGAUCACCGUGAGCUGGAGAAAUAUUACAACGAAGUGAUUAACAAUAAAAGCAAUCAGGAUCAUCAAGAACGAUAUGGAAACCAGUUUGUUUGGGAGCUCGCCCGCCAUUCUGUUGGCGAGGAGCUGGUUGUGUAUCCUGCAAUGGAAAAGUAUCUAGGUGACAAGGGCAAAGACAUGGCGGAGAGCGACCGAAAGGACCACGCGGUGGUCAAGGAGAUGCUCAAAACCUUUCAGAAUAUGAAGGUCACUGACCCAGACUACGUCAACCAGCUGCAGAAGCUCUGGGAACCCCUCUCGCAGCACAUCAAGGAGGAGGAAGAACGGGAUCUACCCGCCUUGGAACAGGAGCUUCAGGCAGUCGAGGGAGAAUCGGAGUCCAUGGCCAAGAGUUUUGGUCGCACGAAAGCGUUUGUGCCGUCGCGCAGUCACCCCAGCGCUGGAGAACAUCCGCCGUUUGAGACUGCCAUGGGUUUGCUUGCUGCACCAAUCGACCAUAUUGCGGACCUGUUCAGAAAGUUCCCUGAUCAAAAAGUGUCUCCUAAUCCUUCGACCAAGUAG